AUGGAUUUUUUUAACCUCUCUAAUUUUUCUCUUGUGGAUUCUAAUCUGACCACACCAACAGUUGUAGAUGGGACACUUCACUGCAGCUCCAUCCUUCAUGUCAUCUCUGGCAUCAUCUGCUUUCUGGGUAUCAUGGGGAACUGUAUCGUCAUCUACACCAUCAUGAAGAAGACCAAGUGCCGUGCCAAACAAACUGUCCCAGAUAUAUUUAUUUUGAAUUUAUCACUUGUUGAUCUCUUGUUUCUCCUUGGGAUGCCAUUCCUCAUCCACCAGCUGCUGGGUGACGGUACCUGGCACUUUGGAGCAGCUAUGUGUACAGUCAUCACUGCGCUUGACUCCAACAGUCAGAUUGUCAGCACUUACAUCCUGACUGCCAUGACACUUGAUCGUUACCUAGCUACGGUUCAUCCCAUCCGUUUCAACUACAUCCGCACACCUUUUGUGGCAGUGCUGGUGAUCGGCCUAGUGUGGGGUCUGUCUUUACUCACCAUUAUCCCUGUGUGGAUGUACGCCGGCCUGAUGACUCUCCCUGAUGGCAUGGUUGCCUGUGCUCUCCUUCUGCCUGACCCAGUCACUGACACGUACUGGUUUACACUCUACCAGUUCUUCUUGGCGUUUGCGAUACCUUUGGCCAUCAUUUGCCUGGUGUUCUUCAAGAUCCUGCAGCACAUGUCCACCAGCGUGGCACCCCUGCCUCCUCGGAGUUUGAGAGUGCGAACCAGGAAGGUGACGCGGAUGGCGGUGGCCAUCUGCCUGGCUUUUUUCAUCUGCUGGGCCCCUUACUACAUCCUUCAGCUGGUCCAUCUUGGAGUGCAGAAGCCAAGCCUUGCCUUCUCCUAUGCCUAUAAUAUAGCUAUAAGCAUGGGCUAUGCUAACAGCUGCAUCAACCCAUUUCUUUAUAUUAUACUCAGUGAGACCUUCAAAAGGCAGUUCUACAGGGCAGUUCGACCCAUCAACAGGAAAUUUCGUGUGAACCCAAGCACAACAGAUGGUGGAAGUGUGAGUGUGAGAAUGAUCCCUGAGGGGGCCCAGCAGGAGCCGGCAUCUGGAGAGAUGAUACCAUCCCAUGUGGACCCACAGUAA